AUGGCACAACUUUCCUCACAGAUUUUUCUCUGCCCUGGGGCUGCCACUCCUCAAGCGGGAGCGAAUGACGCGCAAUCCCGAGUCGUAGGCUUGCCUGAGAUUCUUAGGGAGCUGUUUCAGCACUGCGAGGCACCUGCCCUGGCCUCUUGCGCAAGGGUGUGCAAGACAUGGAAUGUCCAUUCUGUUCCUCUUAUUUGGGAAAAUAUUGAUGCGCAGCAGGCAAUCUUUGGGCCGCUACGAUGGAACAGUGAGGCCAUUGGACGACCCACCUUCGAAAAUCUUUCCCUGCUGAGCCGCAUAUUUUCUUAUACCAAAUGGACAAAACAUCUUCACAUACGUAUUAGGAAGGGUACGGAUCUGGAAUAUAACACAAUGAAGGAAUUCAUCCUGGCUGCAUCGCUCUUUCGUCGACCACACUUUCCACGUCUUACUGAAUUGAUUUACGAGGCUGAUGAUUCACUCGUUCUGAAAACUCUCCUUUAUUGGCUUUCACCACGACUACUCAAACUUGACCUGCGAGUGACCAUUCUUUGCCCAAAUCCUUCGACCGACCUGAUCCUUCAAACAUUGCACGAGCACGCUCCUCAUUUGGUUUCCUUGCGCCUUAACCUCCCGUUUGGCGCAUCCAUCAACCCCCUUUCUGAUAAUCUGUCUUCCUCGAUACAUGGCCUCACACAUUUGGAAGGCUUUAGAGCGAAAUGGAGCCUGGUAUUUGAGCCUGGCGUGUGGAAAACGCUGGCCUCAUUACCAAAUCUUAAAUCGAUGGAGAUAUUCUGGAGCAGCGAGAAUGAGGACCAUCCUAUAUGGGAAAAGGCCUUACUUCCCUGGGAUGUGGAUGACCCAUUCCCGACCCUGGAAAAUAUUGAUGGAGUCAUCUUCACUUACUUAGUGCCCCAGGUCUUCGGAGUGCGAGGGAUGUGCAACCUGCGACAUAUAAAACUAACGGCGGUGGAUGUGCCUUCCGAGCUAACGAUUCAAACGAUCUUUCAAACCAUACCGACGUAUUAUAGCCAACUCGAAACGUUUUCGGUCUCAGUGCAUCAUUGGGAAUUUCCUCGCCAUGAUUUAAGUACCUUUUUAUCCAAGAACCUCAAGACAUUCUCACUCGUGACAGCAACGCCCAUUGUCAUCACGCCCGAUGCAUUCGUCGCGUUCAUUCAGCAUCAUCCCGGUCUUCUUUCCUUAACAUUGGCCCAUCAGCACCGGCAAUGCCCUGACACAGCCUCCUUGACCUUCGACAUCCUACCCCAUGUCCUCGAGGCUUGUCCGUCCCUCAGGGAGUUGAGGAUAUCCUUACAGGGUCAACCUUACUCGAUGUCAUUGCGUCGUGAGAAAAUACAAAAGCUGUGUGUUGUCAAAGGCUUGCAACUCAAUGUCAAGGAUGCGAAAGCCGAAGAGAGUGCUGCCCUUCAGGAGGGCUAA